UUUUAGUACUUAGUAAAAUGUCAGAUUCAUCGGACGAAGAAGAUCUGUCUCGUUUUAGAGAUGUAGUGGACACAACAUUUGAAAUCAAGGAUAAAACCCUAAACGAAGAGAAAGAAAAACCACGUUCCGAAAGAUAUUUAGAUGUCGCUACGCAUUACAAUGAUAUAAAGGUCUCAGAAGAAAUGCAAAGACGUAUUGGCGCUAAGGUAUCAGCAGUGAUCAAUAGAAGUAUAGAAUUUGUUGACAUUAAACGAAAGUCUGUAAAGGAAAGUGAAACCAAAGGGGGUGUUAAAUUGUUUAGAGACUCGAAAAGUUUUUUAUCAUGUGAAGUAGUAACGGAUAAAGAUAUUGUAACAGAAAUCCACAAUAAGAUUUCUAAGAGAAUUAAAAGUGCAAGUAGAAGGAGACAAAUUGACCUUGAUGUUCAGGAACCUAACGAAAAAGAUAAACUAAAUGCAGUUGUAGUGAGUGGUGACUUUAUAUUAUUAAAAAACGAAAAACGCUGGCGACCGAAAAGAAAACAAAAUAUUGUUGAAUUUGUAGCAGUAGGGAAUAACAAAUCACAUCUUAGUAUUGGUGUGCGAAAAAGUGACACUUAAUUUUUUUAAAGGUUAAAGUUUAUUGGUAUAGGUCAAGGAAUCAUAUUGUAAACCCUGAAAUAUUUAAAAUAAAAGCAAUCAUUAAUAUUAACAAUAAUGUAUUUACAUUCAGUUUAUUUAAAAUGUACAUGUUCAUUAUCACAAUUAACUGCUUUUUAAUUGUUAUACACAAAUGUGUAUUUGUUUAUUUUAAUUCAGAUUCACAUUGAUGUCUUAAGUUCGUAAGAACUUCUAGUAUGAUUAAAAUAAAUAUAAAAUAACUAAAAACAUAGCAACUAAGUUUAAAUUAAAACAACCUUACUUGUACAUUUAAUUCUUAACCUACAGAGGAACGGACAUACAUAGUUAUGAAUACUUUUAAAACUGAACUUUUUCAAUAUUUUGUCCCAUAUCUUCAUAUGUCAAUAUGUAUUUCUCUUCUCGCUCGCACUUUGGAGAAAGUCAUUUUAUAAAUGGAACACUUAUUUAAUUUUAAAUGUAACGAAGUUAAAAUAAAUAUAUUUGAAAUUCGUA